AAUCGUAGCAAUUGUAACUUCUCUUUAAUUCUCUUCUCCAACAAAAUCAAAGAACUAGGGAUAGGGUUUGGUGAUCAAAGAUUCAAAACUAACGAUUAUGCCUCGUUAUGAGAGCAAAAAUGAUGAUCGCAGAAGAUCGUCUCCGUAUUCUUACAAAGAUCGAAAGUCGCAUCAUCACGAGAGCCAAUCUAAUGGAUCUCGGCACGAUAGAUUGAGGGAUAAAUAUUCCAGAGAUCAAGACCGUCAUCGUGGGGAAUACAAGGAUAAAAGCAGUAGGGGCUACAGAAGAAAUGAUGACAAUGAUGAUUACAGCCAUUCCAGGAAUCAUAAAUUUGACAGGCGCCAACAUCGUGAAGGUAGAGAAAAGGGUGAGACACGUAGAUCCCGUUCAAGGUCAAAGGAUCGUUCUUAUGGGAAAGCUAGAUCAAGAUCAAAUUCUCCUUUACCUCCAAAGAGCAAGCGGACAAGUGGCUUUGAUAUGGCUCCAUCAGUAGCAACAGCUUUUUCUAGCGGGGAAGAGCAAAUUCUGGGUUCUUCCAAUGCCCCUCAAUCAAUUCCUGGAAUGUUAAAAAAUGUAUAUCCAACUGAUACAAUUCAGAUUAAUCAGUUGGGUUCUUUCCCUUUCUUGCCAGUUCAAGCCAUGAGUCAGCAAGCUACAAGACAUGCACGACGCGUCUAUGUUGGUGGCCUCCCACCACUGGCUAAUGAACAGACAAUCUCGGCAUUUUUUAGUCAUGUUAUGAGUGCAGUUGGUGGAAAUUCUGCUGGUCCAGGCGAUGCAGUUGUCAAUGUGUACAUUAAUCAUGAAAAGAAGUUUGCAUUUGUGGAGAUGAGAACAGUUGAAGAAGCCAGUAAUGCAAUGGCAUUAGAUGGAGUUGUUUUUGAGG